AUGGACGAGUUUGCCGUGCGCGAAUCGGUUUUGGCGCCAGAAACGGCAUUUUGCGAUACUUUGGCGCGCUUAGACAGCGGAUGUGAGCCCAGAGAAUCUGACGCAGAGCCGUCAGAGUCGCUGUCGGCGCCGAAAACGGACGGGCGCUUGGCAGGCACGCUUGUUGAUGCUGCUCGAGCACUGUCAUUCUUUUGGGGCUCACCGCCUGAGCCGGUGGCCUUCUUCGACAACGUGAAGGUUAUUGCCAUUCCUACUCCGGAGGACUGCGCAUUGUAG